GGCUGCGUCAUCUCGGCGCGCCGCUUCCAGGGCUGUACACCUACCGGCUGCCAUGGCGGAGGUGGGCCGAGCAGGCAUCAGCGACCCAGGCGCGCUGCUCCCCCGGGGCUUCUGGGCUGCGGUGGAGGUGUGGCUGGAGAGGCCGCAGGUGGCCAACAAACGGCUUUGCGGCGCCCGCCUGGAGGCCCGCUGGAGCGCUCCCCUGCCCUGCGCCGAGGCCCGCGGCCCAGGGACGAGCGCAGGCUCGGAGCAGAAGGAGCGGGGUCCGGUUCCCGGCCAGGGUUCCCCCGAAGGGGGCACGGGUCCCAGGCUGCGAUCAGAACCCAAGCAGGGCAUGGCAUGUUGCGAACUUGAGGAGGCCCAGGGCCAGUGCCAGCAAGAGGAGGCACAGAGGGAAGCCGCCUCGGCGCUGCUGAAGGACUCCGGGCACCGGGGCCAUGCUGAAGGAGACGAGGGCGACUUCCCCGCCGCAGAGCUGGAUUCGCUCUGGGACGAUUUCUCCCGAAGUCUCGCCCGUGGCAAUUCGGAGAUGCUGGCCUUCCUCACCUGCUCCGGGGCUGGAUCGCAGCCAGAGGCGCAGCGUGAGCUCGACGUGGUUCUCAGAACCGUCAUCCCGAAAACUAGCUCACAUUGCCCCCUUACAGCUCCCAGGAGGGAAAUAGUCGUGCAAGAUGUCCUCAAUGGAACUGUAACGUUUUUGCCUUUGGAAGAAGAUGAUGAGGGGAAGUUAAAGGUUAAGAUGAGCAAUGUAUAUCAAAUUCAGCUCAGUCAUAGCAAAGAAGAAUGGUUCAUAUCUGUUUUAAUUUUCUGUCCAGAAAGAUGGCAUUCAGAUGGAAUUGUGUAUCCCAAACCCACAUGGCUUGGAGAAGAGUUGCUGGCCAAGUUGGCCAAGUGGUCUGUAGAGAACAAGAAGAGUGACUUUAAAAGCACCCUUUCCCUCAUCUCCGUUAUGAAGUAUAGCAAGGCUUACCAGGAACUUAAAGAGAAGUAUAAGGAAAUGGUUAAGGUGUGGCCUGAAGUCACUGAUCCUGAGAAGUUCGUGUAUGAAGAUGUGGCUAUUGCAGCAUACCUGCUGAUUCUGUGGGAAGAAGAAAGAGCCGAGAGGGGACUAACUGCCAGGCAGUCCUUUGUGGACCUGGGAUGUGGAAAUGGCCUCCUGGUCCACAUCCUCAACAGUGAGGGGCAUCCAGGCAGAGGGAUUGAUGUCCGGAGAAGAAAAAUCUGGGACAUGUAUGGACCACAGACUCAGUUAGAGGAAGAUGCAAUCACACCCAACGAUAAGACCCUUUUCCCUGAUGUUGAUUGGUUAAUCGGUAACCAUUCUGAUGAACUCACACCAUGGAUACCUGUCAUUGCAGCCAGGUCUUCCUACAAGUGCCGCUUCUUUGUCCUCCCCUGCUGCUUCUUUGACUUCAUUGGAAAAUACUCCCGGAGGCAGAGUAAGAAGACUCAGUACCGGGAAUACCUUGACUUCAUUAAAGAAGUGGGCUUCACCUGUGGGUUUCACGUGGACGAAGACUGCCUCAGGAUUCCUUCAACCAAAAGAGUCUGUCUCAUUGGGAGAUCCAGAACAUACCCUCCCUCCAGAGAAGCUUCUGUGGAUGAAAAGAGGACUCAGUACAUUAAGAGCAGGCGGGGCUGCCCUGUAAGCCCAACUGGACGGGAGCUUUGCCCUUCUCCACUCCGGGUUGCUCCCGGCAGUGCUGGUCACUGUGACGGUCACCAGGCUCUGGACGCCAGGGUCGGGUGUGUAGCCGGGGCCUGGGCCGCUGAGCGUGGAGCAGGGCCCCAGGCCGAAGGAGCCUGGCUACCUGGAUUUCAUCCCAGGGAAAAGGCUGAGCGCGUGAGGAACUGUGCCGCCCUGCCGCGAGGUUUUAUCGACCAAGUGGUUUUGCAAGUGGCGAACUUAUUGUUAGGCGGAAAGCAAUUAAACACAGGAAGUUCUCGAAAUGGGAGUUUGAAGACCUGGAAUGGGGGAGAGAGCCUAUCUCUGGCAGAAGUAGCCAGUGAACUGGAUACGGAGACCCUGCGGAGGCUGAAGCGGGAGUGUGGGGGCCUGCAGACGCUGCUCCGGAACAGCCACCAGGUGUUCCGAGGUCAGGGCGUCAGGCCAGAGGCCCCUCAGUGUUUGGGGUCAUGUGCCCCAUGGGGAGUUGGAGGGAAGUUCUGGCCCCUGGGGCUCCUCCUGAGCACCCUUCAGAGGGUUCCAGCUCCCUCAGUGGCCGGGAUGUGCCCUUCUGUGCCGCGCCAGGAGGUGCUGCUGUGGGGACAUCGGCAGAGCGUCGUGGGACUGCCUUAACCGUAGCCUUCAGGUUAAGCAACCUCAGCUCCCAUGUUGGAAGGCGAGACAGAGAGGCGGCCGUGGGAGGGCAAACGGGGUCAGGCCUGGCCUUGGCGGUGCUUCCAGCCAGGCUGUGAGGGUGAGCCCCCAACUGUGUCCCUGGACGCAGCGAGGCGCCGCUCUCUGGGCUCAUUUCUCUGGUUUCAGGGGGGAAACUAUUUUUAAAGUAUCAGUCUGUCAAAAGCACACAGGCUUGUUAUUGCCACACAGAAGGUGAUUUGAAAGCAGAAUUCAAGCUUUAAUUCCUACACUUUCAAGUUCUCCUUGGAAGUCGGUGCGCCAGACUUCCUCACUGAGGCUCCUUUAUUUCCCGAGCCCUCUGUCGCGAGCGCUGUCCCAGCUUCCAGGGAGAGCCAGGAAGGAGCUGGCUGCUUUGGCCACGUUUCACAGGGAGUUGUUGGCUUCCCACAAGGAAACGGCCAAAUGGGAGUGUAGGGGGUAUCUUGGCCCAAUUUGGAGGGCAGGGUCAGGAGGCAGCCUGGAGGAGGCCUGCGAGGCCUGGCACCCAGGUGAUGAGCAGGCCCACAGCAGCCCUCUCCUGGUCCCACCCCACUCUGAUGUCCCUCCAACUCCCCAGUUUGGAGAUCAGCCCUGGCCAUUGAGUCCCAGUGGCACUUCCAGAGUGGGUAUCUAAACCACUGCGCAGAGGCGGGUACCCCUUCCUGUUCCUUUCCAGAGCCCCUUGGCCUCCCUUACUCCACACUUGCACCUGGAGGGGCUCCGGUUGGGAGGUGCAUGUAAACCCAGUGCACCAGGACAGCACCAAGGAGCAGAGGCCGCCCUGCAGCAGCCCCGCCCUUAGACUAUGUGGAGGGACCGGCGCCUUGCCCCUUUCUGCCUGUGAUGCUGACAGUCCUCAGAGGUUAGGGCUGCAGUACAGAUGUUUUCUCGUGUUCUGGCUCUCACACUGUGUUCCAUCCUUCCUUCACUCAAGUGAUCCUUCUAAAAUGGUGGCUUUGCAGGACCUGCCACUCAGCCAGAGGGAAGGUCGGGGCCUCAACGAUGAGGCCACUUGGGACCCAGCUCUGUCCUCUGCCCUCCCCUCUGGCUGUCCCUGAAACGCAGCCUGUCCUGGUGCAGUCUGUCCUGGGACACUCAGGUUUGCUGCUUCUCUGCCUAAAAUGCUCUUCCUGGGCCCGCGCGGGGCUGCCGCUCGCCUCCCGCAGGGCUCACCUUCCCCAUCCUUGCCUGAAGACACAUCCCAUACCUCAGUCACUCCCACUGGAGGCAGGCUCUCAGUGACCAGCAGGAACUCUGGGCUGUGUCACGGUUGUAUCCCUGACCCUGGAUUGGCACCUCCCAUGGCGUGGAGCUAAGCAGAGGCUGGUGAAUUAAGGAACUUUCAGGUUUACUUCUCAGUGUGUCUUUUCUCUGUUCCAAACCACAGUUGUGAAUGGGAGAGUUCACAUCCGCGACUGGAGAGAGGAGACGCUGUGGGAAACAAAGCAACCGGAAGUGAAACAGAGAGUGCUCUCCGAAGCCUGCAAAACCCGCCUCUGCUGGUUCUUCAUGCAUCACCCUGACGGCUGUGCUCUGUCCGCAGACUGCUGCCCAUUUGCCCAUGGGCCUGCGGAGCUGCGGCCAUCCCGGACCACCCCGAGGAAGAAGAUUCCAUGAGCUGUGUCCUUGCCAGCCAAGUCCUGGUCGGUGGGGGCCAAACCAAGGAGAGCUUCCCUGGCAAUCCUCAGUGUUGCGGUCUCUGCUCUGGCUGUGUUUCAGC